AUGGACCUAGAGAGCAAGAUGGGAGGAUUUGAGAACACAGAGCUGGAAGACAGAGCUGUGAAGCGGAGCUGCCCUUCAUGUGGCCCAGAGCCUGGGGGUGAAGAGAAGAAGGGGAGAGGGAACCCUAUUUCUGUUCAGCUGUUCCCCCCAGAGCUGGUGGAGCAUAUCAUCUCAUUCCUCCCCGUCAGAGAUGUAGUCGCUCUGGGCCAGACCUGCCGCUACUUCCGCGAAGUGUGUGACGCCGAGGGCGUGUGGAGACGCAUCUGUCGCAGGCUCAGUCCUCGCCUACGAGAGCAGGGCUCUGGGGUCCGGCCCUGGAAGAGAGCUGCCAUUCUUAACCACACGAAGGGCCUGUAUUUCCAGGCAUUUGGGGGCCGCCGCCGCUCUCUGAGCAAGAGUGUAGCCCCUCUGCUAGCCCAUGGCUACCGCCGCUUCUUGCCCACCAAGGACCACAUCUUCAUUCUUGACUACGCGGGAACCCUCUUCUUUCUCAAAAAUGCCCUGGUCUCCUCUACCCUUGGCCAGAUCCAGUGGAAGCGAGCCUGCCGCUAUGUUGUGUUGUGUCGCGGAGCCAAGGAUUUUGCCUCGGACCCAAGAUGUGACACAGUUUACCGUAAAUAUCUCUAUGUAUUGGCCACUCGGGAGCAGCCAGGUGUGGUAGGCACAACUGGCAGCCAGGCCUGUGACUGUGUCGAGGUCUAUCUGCAGUCCAGUGGGCAGCGGGUCUUCAAGAUGACCUUCCACCACUCCAUGAGCUUCAAACAGAUCAUGCUGGUCGGUCAGGAGACCCAGCGGUCUCUGUUGCUUCUCACAGAGGAAGGAAAGAUCUACUCUUUGGUAGUGAAUGAAACCCAGCUGGACCAGCCGCGCUCCUACACAGUUCAGCUGGCCCUGAGGAAGGUGUCCCGUUGCCUGCCUCACCUUCGUGUGGCCUGCAUGGCUUCCAACCAGAGCAGUACUCUCUACAUCACGGACCAGGGGGGAGUGUAUUUUGAGGUGCAUACCCCAGGGGUGUAUCGUGAUCUCUUUGGGACCCUUCAAGCCUUUGACCCCCUGGACCAGCAGAUGCCGCUUGCUCUCUCACUGCCUGCCAAGAUCCUAUUUUGCGCUCUUGGCUACAAUCACCUUGGCCUGGUGGAUGAAUUUGGCCGAAUCUUCAUGCAGGGAAAUAACAGAUACGGGCAGCUGGGAACAGGGGACAAAAUGGACCGAGGGGAACCCACACAGGUGCAUUAUCUGCAACGCCCCAUUGCCCUGUGGUGUGGCCUCAACCACUCCCUGGUGCUGAGCCAGGGCUCGGACUUCAGCAAGGAGCUUCUGGGCUGCGGCUGUGGGGCUGGAGGCCGCCUCCCUGGCUGGCCUAAGGGGAGUGCCUCCUUCGUGAAGCUCCACGUCAAGGUCCCUUUGUGUGCCUGUUCCCUCUGCUCUACCAGAGAGUGCCUCUACAUGCUGUCCAGCCAUGACAUCGAGCAGCACCCCACCUAUCGGGACCUUCCAGCCAGCAGGGUGGUGGCGACCCCCGAGCCCAGCCUGGGGGCCGGAGCAUCCCAGGACCCUGGGGCGGCGGCCCGGGCCUGUGAGGAGUACCUCAGCCAGAUCCACAGUUGCCCCACAUUGCAGGAUCGCAUGGAAAAGAUGAAGGAGAUCGUGGGCUGGAUGCCCUUGAUGGCCGCACAGAAGGAUUUCUUUUGGGAGGCCUUGGACAUGCUGCAGAGGGCUGCUGCAGGGGUUGGCCCAGGCCCCCCAACCCCUGAGAGCUGACCCCCCUCUCUUAAUCACACCCCUGGAGGGAGAGUCUGGCCCUGGGCCAGGAGCUAAGGAGAAAUGGGGUGGUAGCAAUAAAUACUGCAUGUGCACAUGGUGGGGGGUGGUGGGGAUUGCUAGACAUGCCAGGGUGAACCGGGAACUGUUUUGUAAGAUGUUCGGGGGGCUGCCCAGGAGGGGCCCCCAAUCUAUCAUGGACAAGAGAUUUGAUGGACAAAUAGAAUAAAAGGCUGAAGUGAG